AUGAAAGCACUCAUACUGGUAGGGGGUUAUGGCACAAGGCUGCGCCCGCUAACGCUUUCGCAUCCCAAGCCGCUCGUAGAGUUCUGUAAUAAAGCGAUGGUGAUGCACCAAAUUGAGGCACUUGCCAAGGUCUCCGUAACGGAAGUUAUACUCGCAGUGAGCUACCAGCCACACGUGAUGGACGAUUUUCUACAAAGAGAACAAAAGAAGCUUGGCAUAAAAAUAACUGUAUCGCGGGAAACGGAGCCUAUGGGCACCGCUGGUCCACUCAAGCUCGCACAACCGCUGCUCGGCGAUAGCGAGCCGUUCUUUGUGUUCAACUCUGACGUAACGUGUGACUACCCGCUUGCCGCGAUGAUUGCUGCACAUCAAAGACACGGUGGAAAAGCCACUAUUUUGUUGACCAAAGUAGACGAGCCCAGUAAGUUCGGCAUCGUACUGUACGACGCAGAAACGAUGCAGGUUAAAGCGUUUCGGGAAAAACCGACGGAAUGGGUCGGCAAUAUGGCAAAUGCCGGCGUUUACCUCCUAUCGCCAUCUGUUCUCGAAUAUAUAGAGCUGCGGCCAAUGAGCAUUGAACGGGAGGUAUUUCCGGCUUUGGCAGCGGAUGGCGCUCUGUACGCGCACGAGCUAUCCGGCUACUGGGCCGAUAUCGGUCAGCCGAAAGACUAUCUCCGAGGCAUGUCGUUGCAUCUGCAGUCACUUCGUUUGCGAGGCUCACCGGAGCUUGCCGCGGGCCCCAUGUUCAUCGGAAAUGUGCUGGUAGAUACCACAGCGCAAAUAGGAAAGGAUUGUCGUAUCGGACCGGAUGUAGUGAUCGGCGCUGGCUGCAUCAUCGAGGAGGGCGUUCGCAUCAAGUCGAGCACUCUCUUACCGGGUUCGCGGGUCAAGUCACACACCUGGAUAGCGAAUUCUAUUAUUGGUUGGGGAUCAACGAUUGGUUCCUGGGUCAGGAUAGAGAACACGAGUGUCCUGGGGGAAGACGUCGCUGUGAAGGAUGAGGUUUGUGUGAACGGAGGUGUUAUCCUUCCUCACAAAUCCGUUACGGAACAUAUUUUGGAACCUCGCAUCGUGAUGUGA